AUGACUCUACGAUCAAGAAGCGUCCAAAGUCCCCUCUAUCCAAUAGGCCUUCGCAGUGACCACAUCGCCGAAUUUGAAAGACUCCUCUGGAUAGAACCAAAGUACGAUCCAGCAUCCGCGAACGAAUACAUAAUCAAAUUUGACAGCGAUGACUCCACCCUCAUAACCGUGACAGGCAAAUGUUACUACAGAAACAGGCCCGUCCGCGAAUUCCGUGACGCCUCUGGACUUCCCAUGUUCGAAGUACGGCGCGGAGGGUGGCACUGGCUGACCCCAGCCUGGCGAAUCCGUCUACCGGGGAAUGAAACUGGAAAUCUCGCCUACGUAAAGCCGGUUGGAUGGCGGUCAGAAUUUGACUUGACAUUUCGGAACGCGCUUGCCCCUGAUGUGAAGAACGAUGAUGAAAAGAUGGUCACUUUGGAAGUUAGAUAUGCUUCACCAUUUUGCGGAUUUGGUAUCUGGGUAGGUGGGCGGAAGGUCGCUGAUGUGCGGCAGAGUAUGGAGAGGAAUAGGACUAUUCGGAGUAUGUUGGGAGGACCAUCUUACAAUCCACCCAGGGCAAUUAUGGAGGUUCUUGUUGCUGAUGGGUUCGACUUUUCUCUCGUGAGUCCCGCCAUUCCAUUUGUGGGUUUUGUCGACUAA